UUGUUUCCAAUUCUAAAGAAGAAUGGAGCUACAGGGUUGUUGUUAGAAUAUGAAGAUAUGUUCCCAUAUGUUGGUCAGUUAGAGGAAUUAUCUCAGAGAUAUGCUUAUAGUAAAGACAAUAUAGCAGAGUUACUUCAGCUUGCCGAAGACAAUAGUCUUACUGUUAUACCUCUUAUUCAGACAUUCGGACAUUUUGAGUUUGUGUUGAAGCAUGAAAAGUUUAAAAGUUUGUGUGAGUUAGAAGGAUACCCUAGUGCCCUGUGCCCAUCUAAUGCAGAUUCUCUGACUGUUAUAAGUAUGAUUAUAGAUCAGGUGAUGACUGCACACCCUGCCAUACAAUAUUUUCAUAUCGGAGGUGACGAGGUGUAUCACCUAGGGGUAUGUGAAAGAUGUAAAAGGAAGAUGUUAAUGGAGAACUGGACUGUACAACAGCUGUUCUUUGCCCAUGUUAGGGCUGUUUGUUUGUUCAUCAAAGAAAAAUACCCACAUAUCACAAUCAUAAUGUGGGACGACAUGCUACGUUUUCUAGAACUUCCUGUUCUUGCAGAGUCUGGUUUAGGAAGUCUUGUAGAAAUUAUGGUAUGGCAUUACCUCCCCUCAUUCCUGUUACCACCUGAUAUAUGGGAUCGUUUUUCCAAAGUGUUUAGUAACAUUUGGGUGGCGAGUGCUUUUAAAGGUGCUACAGGGGCAUGUAUGUAUGCUACCAACAUUAUGUAUCAUGUGGACAAUCAUCUCACCUGGCUGAGUGUUCUAGAUCAUAUCAAAUCAAAGUUUGAAAACAUCAAGGGUAUUGCAAUAACAGGCUGGCAAAGGUAUGAUCAUUAUGCCAUAUUGUGCGAGUUGUUACCGCAGGCACUACCAUCUUUACUUACAUGUUUGGCUGUCAUCAAUAGAGAAACAUUCACUUCUAGUAUUCAUUCAGAUGUGACCCAGCAACUCCAAUUUCAGGGUCUCCUGCCACUAAAUCCAUUUGAAGGGAAGGACAUUCCAGCAUGUGAAUUUCCUGGUUCAGAUAUUUAUAAAGACACAAUAGAACUACUCAGGUUAGAAGCUGCCUAUGAGGAUUUCCUGCAUAGUGAAGGGAGAUUGUCGUGGAUGAAUGAAUAUCACAUGCGUAGAAACUUCACAAACCCAAUGCAUCUAGAAGCACUUCUGGCUCAAGCAGUAAGGCUUCUAAAUGGCUUAAAACUUUUACAUAAAAAGUUUGAGACUUCUCUAAACAUUGUUUUCUUUCCUGAUACUGUUGAUGAAUGGUGUGGUGUAUAUCUUAAACCUAAAAUAGACAAAAUGACCGACAUUGUGGAGUUGGCCAGGAACCAGGAUAGGGGCUCUAGUCUAGAGACAUAGCCAAUGUGUGAUUGGAUAAAAUCUGGUGUUUUUGUUAAAAUUAUGACUUUGCUCUCAACAUUUUUCAGUAAAAGUAAAAAGUUUUUGCUUAUAAUUUUGAUUUCAGUGUUUAUAUCAUGUGAAGACCGGAAAUUCAGUUCCUUUGAAUCUAGAGCUAAGCGUCUAAGUAUGUUUUUAGCUUCACUUUUCAAAGAGAAAAAGUGGAGUUAUUGUAAUUACUGUCGUGUUGACGUUGGUGUCUGCAUCUGUGAUGGUUAAUCUUUACGUUAAGGUCCAUUUUUCGCAGGAAGUAUAAAAGCUUUUCACUACAUGUUUAUUGUCAUAAAAAGACGAGUUUUAGCAGGGCAGAUAAUCCUAAAUUAUUUUGAAGGACAGAUAACUUUAGAGUUUGUUUUUUUCUCAGUUCCCCAUUUUUGACUUUAAAAUUUUGGUUAACGUUUUGUUAAGAAAAGCAUCAAAAAUGUUCACUUUAAACUUGGAGUUCUUGAUCACUCCUAAAUUUGAAAUGCAUUUCUCAGGGGUAGAAAAAAAACUGUUAAGGUAUUCUUUUAAAAAUAUUUGUUGACUAUUAAGAUGCUUUAGCAUGUCUGCAUAAUUAUGCCCCUGUUUCUAUGCUGUCUUUUUUCAACAUUAUCCGGCACUGAGAAAAAGUGUCGGUUUUCUUUUUAUCAACAACAUACUUUGUAUGAUAAAAUGUAGGCACUUUAAUAUAAAUAAUAAUCUUAUAUUUUCUAACUAUCUUAAAGUUGGAUUUUUUAACAUGAGAUUUUUGACUCUGCCUUGAGUGAAUUUGCUAAAGAAGUUGCUUUUUAGCAUAUAACUGUUUAUCAUGUAUGACUAUGAUUAUAAAUUGUUGCAUUAAUGUUAGACAGGAAGAUAAUAUGUUUUUGCUCUCAACAUUGUCAGUAAAAUUUUCUUAUUAUGACUUUGAUUUCAGUGUUUAUUUCAUGUGAAUGGCGGAAAGUCAUUUCUUUUGAAAUCGAAGAUUUAAUAUAAUAUCUUGUAACAGUUAUUUUACUUUUACCAAACAAUAUAAAAUAAUUAUAAAUUGCAUUUAAAGUAUAUAAAGCUGUAUAUCUGCUGCUUCCUACAGUUUACAAAUUAUUUUCUUUGAAUUUUAAAGAGUAAUAAUUAUUGAAAGAUACCUGCAUGAAAGAAAUAUGUUGGUAUAUGUCCUUAAAAGUGAACUUCCCAUACACUCAAUCAUUGCUAAGUGCAUAAAAUCUUCCUUAAAGUAACAUCAUAAUAUUUUGUUCUGGAACAUUUAAUACUGUUUACGUAAUGAAUCCAUGUGUGAAUAGCAGAAAUGUUCUAUAUUAAAACUCUUUUGUGAAUCGACUGUUAUAAGAUUAUGGUAGCAACAUGGUUUUAUGGGUUUUGAAUUUUAUGAAAAUAUUAAAAACAUUCUGACUUGUCUCAUUUUACUCUUAUAUAUUGUAUAUACAUGUUAUGCAUCUAGAAUUUCUGUUUAAUGAAUAUGUAUAUGGGAGGUAAUGAAUAUUCCAAAUAACAUAUUGUUGUACAAAAAGAUAAUUUUAUAUAGGGAUCGGUUGUCAUGGCAUGGGUAGUAAUAAAAUGUCCCAUCUGCAUUGAUCUUGCCUAGGUUAUGACAAUUCUCUAGUCCUACCAAACAUGCAUGUUAUUACCUUACAAUAUGCAAUAUUAUCUCUCUGUAAUGUAUAGUUAGCCUUAUAGACAAUGUUUUAUAUAAAUGUUUGAAAUGUACAUUAUAUUUAGGGGUAUCUCUGGUUGAUUUGAUGUAGUCUGUUAAUAAUGUUUCUGAUUGAUUUAUAUUAAAGUGUAUUUAAUAUUAUGUUUUUUGUGAAAUGUAUAUGGCAUUAAGUUGAGUGUUAUCAUAUUAGCCUUAUCUAGUUGGCCAUCAACCUUAUAUUUAAUUUUAGUUUUGUUCCCUCAAGGAAUAUCUUAAAAGUCAAUUAUUAAGUCUAAUUAUAUUCGCUCUUUCAUUCCCAUACAAAUUUACAUUCUUAAAUCUUGUUGGGUGUAUUUUUUCCUGUACUUGAUAACAGAAAACAAGCAAACUUUAUUCAAAUGUUCUUCUGAUUUGUUCUAACAUGGGGCAGUAGGUAACACUUUGACUUACUCAAAAAGAAGCCAUUCUAUACUGGUUUAAAAAACCAGAAUAUCAAUUUAGCUUGCAACAGUUAAUACAUAUAUGAAGGGGAUAAGAUAUUUAAAAAUGAAUAGCUUGUCUAACAUAGAUUAUGAAAAGGUUUCCUGCAGAGAUACCACAUUUAAAUGCUUUUCUUUAAGCUUUUGUAUAAUGUACAAUGUUCAUGUAAUACCUUGUGUACUAAAAUGUGCUUUAUUGUACAUGUUUUGAUGUACAUGCCAACAUCGUAUUAUUUUCCUGUUUUAGUUAGUAAUUUCUUUUAAAAAAAAACACAAACUGCUUGAUAUAUAUUUUAAGAUUUAAUGAAGGCUUUUGUGUAAAUCUGACAGAAAAUUUGUGUCAAUUUCAAUUAAAACUUUAAAUCCUAGCAAACAUUUAAAUAUCAGCUAUUCCCUCAGUGUUUAUUUGAAAUUUACUUGGUCUAGUCAAGAACAUUACACAAUUGUUUCAGUAAAAAGGCCGUCUUGUUAGUAUUUUAUUUUUUCCUCUUAUUUUAGCUGUAUUCUUUUUAAGCUGAAAGACUGAAAAACAUUUGUUGUGAUUACUUCUUAAUAUAUUUCUAUGUUUGAAAAAAAAAUGUUUCUAUGCAUGCAAUUAUAGUAUUAUAAGAGGUAAAAUAUAGAAUUAGGAAUGUUUUACUUGAUUCAAUAUUUGAUGUAGACCUACGAAAAUCGAGUAAUUUUGUGCCAUUAUGUUUGAUAAUAGCAUACAUGUAGCUAGUAAAGGAGGAAAUAUUUGAUCACAGACCACAGUGUAAAAGUUUGUUGUAUUCUUCUCAAUCAUACAGGUUGGAUCUUUCAUACUUUAUGAAAUACAUUUUGUGCCCAAGAGCUGUAAUGACUGACCUGCUACAAUUGGAAUUGGGCCAGGUUGCAAAUUUGUGCAGUCAUACCAACUAGACAUCUAUUUUAAAACAGCUUUCGCAUUUUGAUACGGAAUACAUGUACAUGUAUUUUAAAUUUAUAACUAACUUUGACAGGUUUAGAGUUGACUACCGUUUGGAAUCAUAACUUUAUUGUUAAUCCUCUAUACUUAAUUUGUAUUAUGGUCUUCUGCUAUAGUUUUGAAAUCAAAACCCAUCGAUUUUUAUUGUGAAAACUUUUGGUAUUAGAAUUCAGAAAAAUAAGUACCCCAAAAUCUAGAAUUUGUUCCGACUAUAUGGAAGCACAGGUGUGGCCUAUCUUUAUACUGGUGACAUAUGUAAGUCUUUUUUGUUGUAUCUGUGUAAGUUAAUGCAAUAUAUAAAUAAAAGUGCCAUAACUAAAAAAAAGUAUAGUUAAGUUGUUUUUCUUAGUCACUAUAUUUCUCUUUUAAUAUCUGAAUAGUUAUGACAAUGAUGAGGCAUAAGCCAGUAGUCUGAAGGAGGGCAUGCUUAUUAUAAAAAGUCAACAAGGCAAGUUUAGGUCAUAUAAUAAAACAUAUUUUGUUGGAUUGCUUGUUGUUAAGUAAGAUAUAUUUUACUUAUUAUACCCCCGAAACGAAGUUUGGGGGGUUAUAUAGGAGUUACUCAGUGGUCGGUCGGUUGGUCGUUCGGUCCAGCGGUCCGUAUCAUUUUCCUUGUCCGGAGCAUAACUUGAAGACUAUUGAUUGGAAUUCAAUACAACUUCAUACAAUGAUCAAGCACAUUGAGAGGAAGUGCACAAAAACCAUAACUCUAUCUUGACUAAUAACAGAGUUAUUGUCCUUUGUUACUUUUCCUUUUCCGGAGCAUUACUUGAAAACUACUGGUAGGAAUUCAAAACAACUUCACACAAUGGUCAAGCACAAUAAGAGGAAGUGCAGUGCACAAAAUCCAUUACUCUAUCUAAAGUAAUUACAGAGUUAUUGCCUUUGUUACUUUUCCAUUGCUUUCUUUUUGUCCAGUGCAUAACUUGAAAAUUAAUGGUUGGAAUUCAAUGAAACUUCAUACAAUGAUCAAGCACAUUGAGAGGAAGUGAAGUGUACAAGAACCAUGACUCCAUCUUGACUAAUUGUCCGGAGCAUAACUUGAAGACUAUUGAUUGGAAUUCAAUACAACUUCAUACAAUGAUUGAGCACAUUGAGAGCAAGUGCUCAAUAACCAUAACUCUAUCUUGACUAAUUACAGAGUUAUUGCCCUUUGUUACUUUUCCUUUUCCGGAGCAUAACUUGAAAACUACUGGUAGGAAUUCAAAACAACUUCAUACAAUGGUCAAGCACAAUAAGAGAAAGUGCAGUGCACAAGAACCAUAACUCUAUCCAAAGUAAUUACAGAGUUAUUGCCCUUUGUUACUUUUCCAUUGCUUUUUUUUGUCCGGAGCAUAACUAGAAGACUACAAUGAUCAAGCACAUUUAGAGGAAGUGCAGUGCACAGAAACCAUAACUCUUUCUUGACUCAUUUAAGAGUUUUUGCCCUUUGUUACUUUUUAUUGUCCAGUGUAUAACUUGAAAAUUAAUAGUUGGAAUUCAAUGAAACUUCAUACAAUUGUCAAGGGCAGUGAGAUGAAGUGCAGUGCACAAGAACUAUAUCUCUAUUUGAACAAAUUACAGUUAUUGCCCUUUGUUAUUUUUUGUCCAGUGCAUAACUUGAAAACUAGUAGUUGGAAUUCAGUACAACUUCAUACAAUGGUAAAAGGCAAUGAGAGGAAGUGCAGUGUACAAUAACCAUUACUCCAUCUUCAGUAUUUGUAGAGUUAUUGCCCUUUGUUCUUUUUCCUUGUCCGGUGCAUUACUUAAAAACUAAUGUUUAAUGGAACUUCAUACAAUUGUCAAGUGCAAUGAGGGAAAGUGCAGUGCUCAAGAAGCGUAACUCUUUCUGGACUUAUUACAGAGUAAUUCAAUAUAAUUUCAUCAAUAGUCAACCACAUUAAAAGGAAAUGCAACAUACAAGAACCACAACUAUCUUUAAUUUCCCACAACCAUAACUCUUUUCCAAUUCUUUUGCAAGGUAUUCUGUUACUAGUAACUAGUGACUAGUAACUUCCCAAUUUCCAAAGCAGUCUUGCGGGGGUAUUAAUCACAUUUAGUGAUAGUUCUAGUUUAAAAUAUUGUCAGAGAUUAUUCAUCUGAUUAUAAUUACAUAUAUAUGAAACCUGAUGAAGCAUUUUUGUCAUACUAUACAUAUAGUCGUAGAUGUUGUUAUUAUAUUAGGGUAUUUUAAAUGUUAUACAGAAUUGCUAAAAUGAGCCGGAGAGUUUAGAAACAUAGACCAAUAUAUCGGUUUUAUACAGUAUAAUUUCUCCUAUCCAUAUAAAACCAAGAGUUUUAAGUGUUUAUUGUUCUUUACAACAUUAACUUAUAACUUAUGUCAUGAUAAUGUUAGUGUUAGAUAUUUCAUGUAUGACUAUCUAGUACAUCAUUGGUUGUGAAAUGUGAAUUUCAUCUGUGUAGGAAUUUAUCUGUAUAGAGAAUGGAAAUUUAAAUAAAAACUAUAGCUAUA